AUGGAGCAACUGGAAACGGAGAUUAAAACAUUGAGAGCGAAAAUAGCCGCAGCUCAGGAAGAAUCUGAAAUAUUUAAAGCCCGAUUGGCUGAGUCCGAAUACGCGAUACAGAAGUGUCGUGCUGUAAUAAUUGAACAUCUAAAAUUGAAUUUGCCGGACAAUGCCUUCAUCGAUCUAUUGAAACUCUUGCCAUCGAACAAAGUAAAAGCAGAGCCUUAUACGGAAGAAAUGUACCCGCUCAAAAAGCAAUUGAAAGAGAUGUCCAUUGCCGGUUCCGAUCCGCCGAUGGCUGAGAUUCAGAACAGAUCUUUAAAGAGUUCAGAAGUUAGCGAUAAGCUGAAUCCGGCGUCAACAAAAAAUGCAACUAUUUCUGAGGUGUCCACAAACUUCUGGUCGAUUCAUAUCGAGAAGAAUUCGAUCGUAUACAGAUAUGAUGUUAAUAUCGAAUUGCACGGAACAAAUAUUGUAAACAAGGAUUCGGUUGCACUUAAAACGCCAUUUAUGAUAUCAUUAACUGGAGAAAAAACGAAUGAAUGUGUGACGAUGGAAAGACACAAGAUUUGUCAUCGAGUCUUACGGGAGGCUCUCGACGAGAACGAUGUAUUCAAAAAUGAAUCAGCGAUAGUUUAUGACUGUGCGACUUCUAUGUAUACGUCAAAGAAAAUCGAAGCAUUCGAUUCCGUGAAAUCUAUGCAAUUGACAGUACCCGUUGCGAAACUUCCGAAUUCUAUUCAAAUGCUCAUUCGCCAUUCGAAUCCAAGCCACUUCAUUGUUACGAUCACGCCUAACUCAACCGUUCCAUUUUUCGACAUCUCGGAUUUCUCAAAUGAGAAUCCCAAAGAUGUCACAGAAACGAGCAAGAUUGUGUCAAACUUUAUGGAUCUUCUUACAAAUCAAUCGGCUCGCGAGAAUGGAUUAACGGUGUUUGGAUGUGGUAGCAUUUUCGACAUGUCGAGGCAAGGUCGAGUCAAAAACAAUGGACACGAAGAGCGUAAUGGCGCCGAUAAGGGCAUCAAAUUUAUUGAAGGAAAACCAAACGCUAAUAACCAGAGCGAUACGAUACCGGCACUUAAUCUGGAUGGUGUGAAGAUUUUUAUUGAUGACAGGAAUAAAUCGCUUCAAGCGUUUUUUGGGCGAAGCAGUUAUAUUGAUUGGAAUCUGAUGGACCAGGAAGACGGAAAAGGAGCUGCUCAUGAUGCGUUUUUAAAAAUGAAUCGUUACGUUAAAGGGCUUAAAUUCGAGCCAACUUACGACAAACAUGCCUAUACCUGCGUUGGGCUAACCAGAUUCCCAAUGUCGGAAAUCAAAAUUCAGCACGAUGGAAAACAAAUAAGCCUUGUUGAAUAUCUCGGUUGUGUUCACAAUGAGCGUGGUCCGUUUAAUAAAAACUUACCAGCGGGACGUGUCCUAGUGGGGGGCGAAAAAAAGAGAGAAAUGUUAUUUGCCCUUGAAACCAUGAUGUUGCUUCCAAAUCAGCGUGUUCCGAAUGAUAAACAAAUUGAAAAGCCAAGACCGAUUUCAGUCCGAGCACGUUACAAUCAAAUGCAACAGUUGUUGCACGAUCUCAGUCUUGACGCGGGCGGUGCUAAUAACAAAUAUUUGAAAAUGUUUGGUGUGAAAAUCUCGGAAAAACCGCGAACAGUGACAGCCAUUCAACGACAAGCACCGGAAAUUAUUUUCAAAAAUAAAACGUCUACAUACGACGCAAAGAAAAUGAAUUGGUCUUCAAGUGGAAGCAAACUUCUUCGUGGAGCUUCCUCCGAUAUUGUAGUUUUGGCUCACGACAAUCAGCACCGUCUUGCCGUACGGGACAAAUGGAUCUCUAAUGAGAAUAUGUUGAUCGUCUCUUACGACGUUGCUCAUCCUGGACAAGUAAAUACGAAUGAGGCGGUGAUGGUGCCUAGCGUCGUAGGAUUCUCAUUCAAUGGAGCUUCUCAUAAAGAAGCCUUUAUUGGUGAUUUUCAUUACCAGUAUCCGAAAAGAGAACAAGUGGAUUCCAAUAUUCUCAAAAGAAGAAUGAAGUGGAUGAUUGACAAGUUUGUGACGAACCGCCGAAAAUAUCCUGCGUUUAUUUUGAUAAUCCGCGAUGGAGUGUCCGAAGGACAGUAUGCAAUGGUAAUGACAGAAGAAUUGACUGCGAUUCGAGCAGCAUGCCAAGAAGUGGCGCAACAGAAAAAUCUCAAAAACUGGUCGCCAAAGUUCGCUCUAGUGAUUGCUACAAAGAGAAAUUCAGCAAGAUUCUUUAUGCAGAACGGACAGAACAUCGCAAAUGUCAAGCCGUUAACUGUAAUUGAUCAAGAUAUUACGAGAUCCAAUAUCAACGAAGCGUACAUCGUCUCGGCAAACGCGAUUCAAGGUACUGCAAAGCCCAUCUGUUAUCAGUUGCUUCGAAAUGAGAUCGGCUUCAAAAAUAUGGAUGAGUUCGAGUCAUUUAUGCUGGCGUUGACUUUUCAUCAUCAAAUUUGCGAAAGUCCCAUUUCACUACCCGAGCCUGUUUAUCAAGCCGACGAAUUUGCCAAACGAGGAAACGCCAUGUGGAAAGCAUACGAGCGAAUUCACUCCAUCCCGAAAAUCGAAGAUGGAAAUGCUGCAGACUUUGAGUUCAUGACCGAAAACUUGUCUUACUGGCAUUCUAAACUGGACGGAUCGCGAAUUAAUGCUUAA